UCGUACGGUAAGAAAUGAAGCGACACCUCUAAGCUCUGAGUGAGCUAAUGGAGUUUGUGGUAUAAGAGGAGAGGCCGAGGGAGAGAGAGAGGGAGAGCGAGGGCAGUACGACCUAGAGAGAGAGAGAACUGGCGAGACGUCGCCCUUUUCGUCACUUAUUUAUUUGAAGUACUGAGGAAUCGGCGAAUCUCGAGAGAAUACAGAGCUGUGUAUGGCGGACUUCAUCUCCUAAUUCCCAGAGCUUAUUGAGGCUAUAAUUGACGAAAUUUCGACUGUACUUCUCAAAUAUAGAACAAGGUACCGCUGAUAUCCAUAAAUGAUUCCUCAUUUACUAAGAUCGAAUGUGUAUACGGAAAGAACUGAAUCCCCAAGUUUAUGAGCUUCCCAAAGGUAUUUGGUGUAGUUUGGACAUGAGUACGUCAGGUGGACAUGCUAAAGCCAAGGGAAGCUGAUAUACCUGCUCUUUUUAUGGUUUUGGUUGUGUUGCCUGUCAUCAUCUACAUUAUUCUCGGCAAGUGGAAUGAUAAUUCAAAGAAGGUGGUGAAGGUGAACAUACUCGCUCAGAUAGCAGCAGAAGAGUCUUUUAGAGAAGAAGAAAUCAUGGCUUCAGCUGAUAUUUUGCCUGUAGUCCCUUUAUGUAAGUUUGACACUCAUGUGUGUGCCAAAUGCUAUGCCCCUGCAACAUCUCGAUGUUCAAGAUGCAAGUCUGUUGGAUACUGUUCCGGGAAAUGCCAAAUAGUACACUGGAGGCAGGCACAUAAGCAAGAAUGCCAGCAAUGGAAAAAUGAUGCUCUGAAUUUUUCUGCUAGUCUCGAUUCUAUCGCCAAAUCGAUCCGUCGAGGAUCUACGAUAGACGGAUCACGAGAUUUUAUUGGAAAUAAUACCAAAGAAUCUCAGCUCAGCAAUCUUCGUUCUGAUUUUCCAGAUGAAGCUUCUUCCCAUUGGAGAAUGGAUGCAUCUAUUAGUUCGAAUGGGGAAAGAAAUUCAUCAGAUAAUAGCAAGAGAGUUCGAGGUAAACCGAAAAGAGAACUAUUAAGCGAUGAUGCAAGCAUUGUUGUUGGCACAAAUACCACUUGCACUGAUGCUCGAUUGGUUGGUGGGAGCUCCACAAACACUUCACAUCAGAAUGCUUUGUUUGAAGUUGAGAAAUCAACAGGAGUGGCAAAUGGCUCAUUUAAACAAAGAAACCCCACUACUUCCUAUGAAAAUGGGACAAAUGGAGGCGAAACGGCAGAGAGUUUUAUUUCGGGUAAUAUUGAUCAUGAAGAUAGAAUUUCAUCAUCAUUUGUAACACCAUGCUUGAGGUCCUCAGCUGAAGAGAACUCUGUUAAAGAAAACUUGAUUUAUAAAAAACCCCCAUAUAUUUUGGAUCCUGAUAAAUCCGCAGCAAGAGCACCAAGACAAUGCCAAUCUCAUACAAUAAGGAAAUGUUUCGUCGAUAAUGAAUCGAAAAUUCUGCCCGCUGUUCUCACAAGCAGCCCUGAACGGAGUUCCAAUGGAAUAACGAAUAUGAAAGAGAUGAUGGCUGAAACAUCAAGAAGUUCUUCCAAAAUUUCGAAUGGUCGUCUUGUUGGGUUGAUCAAUGGUUAUAAAAGAAACAAGUUGCUUUUUCCUUAUGAAGACGUCGUGAAGCUUUUCCAAUGCGAGCUGUUGGGCAUAUCGCCAAGGGGGCUUCUUAAUUGUGGAAACAGUUGCUAUGCCAAUGCUGUCUUGCAGUGUCUGACCUUCACAAAGCCUAUAAUGGUCUACUUACUUCAUAGAUCUCACUCAAGAACCUGUCAAAUAAGAGACUGGUGCUUGAUGUGCGAACUCGAGCAACACAUCGCAGAGCUACUCGAAGGAGGUGGCCCUCUUUCUCCAAGUAAAAUUCUUUUAAAUAUGAGUGUUGGUUGUCGAAUGGGUGGUGGAAACCAGGAAGAUGCUCACGAGUUUCUAAGGCUUUUAGUUAUGUCCAUGCAAGCUGUUUGCCUUUGGGAUCUAGGUGGUGAGGAGAAGGUUGAUCCUGGAUUGCAAGAAACUACUCUUGUACAACAGAUUUUUGGCGGCCGCCUUAAAUCUAAGGUUAAGUGCCUGAGAUGUCAUCAUGAGUCCGAACGAUACGAAAAUAUCAUGGAUCUUACUCUGGAGAUCUAUGGUUGGGUUGAGUCAUUGGAGGAUGCCCUCACACAGUUUACCGCCCCGGAAGAUUUAGAUGGAGAAAACAUGUAUAGAUGUGGCAGGUGUUCUGCAUAUGUUAGGGCAAGAAAACAGCUGAGUUUGCAUGAGGUACCCAAUAUCUUAACGAUUGUCCUCAAGAGAUUUCAGACAGGGAAAUAUGGAAAAAUCAAUAAAUGUGUUACAUUUCCAGACUUAUUGGACAUGAUUCCAUUUGUAACUGGAACUGCUGAUAGCCCUCCUCUUUACUUCCUAUAUGCUGUCGUUGUUCAUCUGGACACCUUGAAUACAUCCUUCUCUGGUCAUUAUGUAUCCUAUGUCAAAGACAUUCAAGGAACAUGGUUUCGAAUUGAUGACUCUGAGGUGCAGGCUGUGCCACAGAGUCAGGUAAUGUCUGAAGGCGCAUAUAUGCUAUUUUACUCCAGGUCAGUCCCCCGUCCUCCAAGCAUCUGUAUCAACAGAUCUCUAUUACAGCCCCCAUCUCUAAAGCACAGCUCACCCAAACUUCUCAAAUCUUUACGACACGAACAACCCAUUGAAAGCGAAACUCGCCCUCCGCUCCCCAACUCAGUGAACGCCGAAAAGAACCUGCGUCCUGAAUAUCGAAGCGGCCGCGUAAUGCGGAGUUUCCUUCCCACCCAUGAAACGUACGCCGACACGAUCGGCACAGACUUCUCCGACCCAACAUCGAGUGAUUGGUCUCUCUUCACAAGCUCUGAUGAAUCAUCGUUCACCACCGAGAGCACCCGAAACUCGUUCAGUACCGUUGAUCAUGAAGACUCAGCUGGCCUCGACCCCAUUUCUUCCAUAUUUGGUUCCUUCUAUCUCUCGGAUUGUUCGCAGGGUAGGUAAGUUUUUCAUGUACAAAUUCGUCGGUUCGAGUGCAAUGUUAUUUAUCUUAGAUUCAUCGACGAGAAAUGGACGACUCGGCGGUGUACAUAAGGUAAGGAGAUUGUUCAUUUUUGUCUCUAGAUCUUAAAGCCAUGUUUAUUAGAACAAAGGGGGAGUAAUCCCAGAUAUCUUGAUUU